UACACACACAGUGAUGAAUUCUCUGGAUAUCUGGGACGGCAUGCCUUUAACUGAGGUGUUAUCCGAUCUCCAGACGAAUUCAAGCCUCCUAAACGUCUCCACCAGCAACACCACCAACCUCACCAGCAUCACCUACUACCCGUACUACCAGCACUCGCUGCCUGUGGCAGCCAGCCUGACCGUGGCCUACCUCUUCAUCUUCCUGCUCUGCAUGGUGGGAAACGGCCUGGUCUGUCUCAUCGUGCUGGAGAACCGGCGCAUGAGAACAGUCACCAACCUGUUCAUCUUUAAUCUGGCCGUGAGUGAUCUCCUGGUGGGGGUUUUCUGCAUCCCGACUACGCUGGUGGAUAAUCUUAUCACAGGUUGGCCCUUCUCGAACACGGUGUGCAAGAUGAGCGGUUUGGUGCAGGGAAUGUCCGUCGCAGCCUCCAUCUUCACUCUAGUGGCCAUCGCCGUAGACAGGUUUCGCUGCAUCGUCUACCCUUUCCAGCCUAAACUGACCUUGCUAGUUGCCAAGGUGACCAUAGCGAUGAUUUGGGUGCUGGCGUUGGUGAUUAUGUGCCCUUCGGCAGCAACGCUGACUGUGGAGCAUGUCAAGCAUCACUUCAUGGUACACAACCUGGAUUACAACCACACAUACCCACUCUUGUCUUGCUUCGAGAACUGGACCAACCCUCACAUGAGGAAAGUCUACACCACAGUCCUGUUCGCCCACAUCUACCUGAUCCCACUCACAAUCAUCACGCUGAUGUACGGCCGCAUCGGCGUCAAGCUUUACACCACGUCGGUCAUUUCUGUGAAUGAGCAACAGGAAAGUGGCGGGGGUCAGAACGCUGCCAGACCGCUUAUCUCGCACAAAAAGAUCAAGGUCAUCAAAAUGUUGAUUGUGGUGGCCCUUCUUUUUACCCUCUCUUGGCUCCCCUUAUGGAUCCUCACGCUCUUGACGGACUAUGGAGGUCUGGACCAAGAGGAACUCGAGUUCCUCGCCGGUUAUGUGUUCCCGUUCGCACAUUGGCUGGCUUUCUCGAACUCCAGCGUUAACCCAAUCAUCUAUGGCUACUACAACGAAAACUUCAAGCGAGGCUUCCAGGCCGUGUGCAGGACCCAUUCGUGCUGCUGCUGCUGUUUUAUCAUGCCCACGGGGAGCAGAAGGGUUCACAGACCAGGCAGGGAAGACAGGAGAGAGGUGGUGGUGAACUCAAACUCUAUGCCCUUUGGAGCCAGAAACAGAGUAUACACUGAUGGUAACUUAAAGAACUCCAGAGCCAACAUGGAUGAGGGGCAGAAGAGGGCUGGUUGCAGGCUCAGCAGCUCUGCCAGCAUGGAUGACGCCAGAUCUGAGAUGGCCAUUCAGACAAAGGGGGUUGCAAGCCAAAAAGGAUUGCAAAUGGAGGACCUGGAGAAGAUCAGUCCCAUUGGCAUGACUGUGAGUCAGGCCUGGGACCAGUAGAGACCAGUAUGCAGCGACAGUCAUUUAAAUUGUAUUAUAUUAUUUUUCAACUACGGCCUAAAUCUACACACAGACAUUCCCAGGAUGCAUAAAGGGGUGCAAAUCAAA